CUUCACUUUCCUCCCUCACCGGUGCGAACUCGACGCGUCGCGGAAAUAUCCGCCACAGGCGCGUCGCAGGCACGCACAGGCACGUGCAGCAAGACGCCAAUGCGCGCGUCUGCCGGAGUCCCACGGACUCGGAGCACAAUGGUGUGUAGCGCACUGGCUUCAGCGAGCUACAGACAUAGACUGUGAGGUCUCCGAGGUCGACCUGUCACACUCUACAGGUGAGUGUCAAAGACUCAGAAACGCUCAUAUGACGCAUCUAACAGUCAAGGUGCCCGGCGUAACGCGCAAACUUAUGUCCCUCUGACUGAACAUACAUACUUCGUCGGAUCUCUUGCAACAGACACGCACCACUCACAUUUUGGCAGUCGCUGUGCUUGUCCCUGCCAGUCACGCUUAUACCGCAUACUGGAGUACUGGGAUUGCAUGACCAAGGCUGUGACAACGAUCGCAAACCACACUGGAGAGCAUCGGACGGAGAACAAGAGCAUGGCAGAGUCAAGCGUCGCGAGCGGUCGUCCACGCCGCUCAACCCGCGCUCCCAUCAAAGCGCCGUUUACUGUGACGGAAGGAGAGCACUCCAAUUCACCGGGUAAAGGCAAGGCACAGGCUUCCGAGAAGACCUCGGCCGAAAAGCUUGAAUACCUCCUGACCAACCCCAGGAGCAAACUCACCAAAUUAGAUAUCUCCGACAUACUGAACUACGCAAUCUUCCUUGACCUAUCACCCGAGUCUCAACGCCUCCUUGUGUCCCACCUUCCGCCGACUGCCUUCAUCGCCUAUUCAACAUCUGUACCCCCCACGCAUGUCGACUACCCUUCAGCGAUAUCCAAUGACACAACAGUAGCGCCCGCGGGCGAAGAUGGUAUGGACAUCGACACACAGCCAUCUUCCAGCUCUGGGCCUUUCCAGAGUGCGCAGAAGCGAAUGCCCGCAACAUUGGACCCUGCGGUAUUCACGUCGCCGUUUUUCUUAUCCGCUGCGCACACAUACCAAGACCAUCUGUUUUCUGGGUGGUUCGGAAAGAAGGCCCGCGAGGAAGUAACGCAAUUUCAGUCCGGCGUGCGUGAAGGAGCCCUGCACGCAGAAUGGAAGGAUGAGGUCUGGGAGAGGGACCAUCGCCCGCAACAGGAUCACUCGCAGCAAGUCGACCUCACGGCGCUCGCUAAGCGCGGCCUUCUACAGGAAGGAGAUGUUCUUUCAUUUCGGAAACACUUCCCUCGGCUUGGAGUGACCGUAGAGAAGGACAUCUUGAUCGAUAGCAUCAACGCGCCCAGCUCCACUAUCAAUGUAUUGGUCCCACCGAGGUCGACACGCAGCCCACACGUUACGCUGUUGGUCAAUGGCCGCGGAGAGCCUCAGCCGCAGGACCGGUUACAACUCAUGGAAGACAUUGCUGACCCCGUCGUGUUGGAAUCUGGGGUCCUGGACAUCGAUGGACGUGUCGAACGUGCUGAUCGGGGAGAUGUUAAUGACUCUACCACCAGGUCUGCAUGGAAGGCAUUCACUGUGUGGAGAUGGCGGGAUGAGAUGCGCGACGACAUACAGUCACAAAUGGUGAUGGACAGAGGUGGACGAGAGCGAGUUGGGACACUCUUCUAUCUAAGUACUUACUGCCGUACGAACUGAAUAGCGCAUUUAGCACAAAAUGGCGUCGUUGACCACCAACUCACGAAAUACGAUGGCCUUCUGUCCUUUAAUUACUAUAGCAGGUCAUCGAGUUUCUCUGUGAAUAAUUAUUUUGGCCGG